AUGCGGUCAAUUAAUCCAGAGUUGCGAAAAUCACGGACUUCUGGCCAAAAUGGUUCCAGUUCUGCGCAGAUUGUCAGGGAUGCGUCCGUGUCAGGGACUCGUCCGGGGUCGAGGGGGUCCGGGUAUAGCGUCCGGGACCGAGAGCCUGGCGGGGGGUGGAUCAGGCGUGCGUACUGACAGGCCCGAUAUGGGACAGUAGUCCCUGGCCACUUAGACUGAAG